UGCCUCAAAUCAAAGCUCCUCUUCAUAGUUUCUUCAAUUAAACAAAAAUAAAAUUAUAGUUAGGAAAGUAAUUAAGCUUGACAAACAUGUCUUACUCGGGAGCUGAAUCGAGUAUGGAAGACGGCGAUCGUCGGCAAAACAUGGUGUCUGCUGGAGGCGCCGGCAACCGUCGCCGUAGAACAAACAAUAUGGACGAGUUCUCCGGCGACGGUUGCGGGAACCCGCAGGCUUGGAAUGCCUUCGCGGACAGCUUCAGUGAGGUGCAGACGGUGCUGGAUCGGAACAGGAUGUUGAUCCAGCAGGCGAACGAGAAUCAUCAGUCGAGGAUCCCGGAUAACAUGAAAAAGAAUGUGGCGAUCAUCCAGGAACUGAACGGAAACAUCACGAAAGUGGCGUCGAUUUACUCCGAUUUGUCGGCGAAUUUCAGCGGGAGCGUGAGGCAGCAACCGCAAGGCGGUGGCGGGAAGGGGAGUUGUAAAGGAGGAAAUGGAAAUAACGGGAGGAGGAAUGGUGGAGGUGAUCAAAGAUGAGGGAAUUAAAGGGGAAAUUAGUAAGAAAUUAGUAUUAAUAAAUUAAUAAUUAGUAAUAAGUUCCCUCGGAUUAGGAGCUAAAAAAGGGAUUUUGGCUCUUUUUUAUGUUCAACUUUAUGUACUGAGAUUAUAAAUUGUGCUAUGUACUGUGAUGUAAGGAUGACAAUGGAUUGGUAAUGAAUUGGCUAAGGUUUUAUCUGAA